UUGGGACUGUUGUGUAAACAAUUUUCGGUGUUGACGAGAAACAGGAUUAUAAAGAUUCGUUCUUUAAUAGUUUGUUGACCUGGAUAGGCAAAAUGGCGAAAAAUUUAAAGACACCGAAGGCUAGUAAACGAAAACAGUUGACUUUAGCCUCUGUGGGUCUGUUUCUCAUCCUCAUGGGUCUGGUGAUGAUAAUUGUGAACCCCAUCACAAUACUAUAUCGAUACAGAUCGAGGCUGACCUAUGGCUCGGCGAUCUAUAAGUUGCUGGAGCAGCGGGACUCCCCCGGGGUGACGAUAUCCGCGUACCUGUUCAACGUCACCAACGGGCAGGAGUUCCUCUCCGGGACAGAUACAAAACUGAAGGUGGAGGAGGUCGGACCAUUCACCUACUUAGAACAGCGCUCCAACGAGAACUUGGAGAUAGACGAUGUGGCGCGAGAUGUGAGGUACACCCCCCGGACCAGGGUCAAGUUCCUGCCUGAAGAGUCCAUCGGCGACCCCGCGGAUGUCCAGGUCAACAUGCCCAACGUCGCCAUGUUGAGCAUGUCGUCGAUGUUAACAUCUUACCCUUAUUUCACCCAACUUGGGUUCAACCUGCUGCUAACCCACCUCAACUCGCGGCCCAUCGUUCAGCAGACGGCCGAGGAGUUCCUCUGGGGGUACGAUGAACCCCUCAUCAGGCUGGGGAACACCGUGCUCCCGGGAUGGAUUAGCUUCAACACCCUGGGCAUCAUGGACAGGCUGUACGACAACAAAGUGGACUACGACCUUAAGGUUGCAACUGAAAACGACAACAGAUUCAAAAUCAAAUCUAUGAACGGCUUGUCGGGUCUAAAAGCUUGGGGAUACGAAGAACCCAAUCAAAGGUCGUCAUGCAACGCCUUCACCGAUGCAUACGAGGGCAUCGGUUAUCCCAUUGACUUUCCCGCGGGAACUCCCCUGAAGAUCUUCAGGAAUGUGCUCUGCCGCUUCCUACCCCUAGAGUACUUGGGUGUCCAGAGUUUACAGGACGGUGUCCAGGGCCUCACCUACAGGAUCAGAAAAGACACUUUCAGCAUCAACAAUCAAACAGAAUGUCUGUGCAGCAGGGGGAUCUGCAUCGAUGGAGUAUCUGACUUGUCACCGUGCUUUUAUGAUUUACCACUGGCGUUGUCCAACGCUCAUUUCCUGUAUGCCAACUCUUCACUGUACGAUCGCAUCGAUGGAAUCAAACCUGACGAGACAAAACACGGCAGCGUAGUCAUCAUUGAACCUAAACUGGGCAUGGUGUUGAAGACUACCUUCUCAGUACAAGUGAACGUGGUGGUGAAAUCCGUUAACUUCAACAAGGAGGCUGGCCGCUUCUCCGACAUGGUGGUGCCUGUUUGUCAUUUCAAAAUGGCACAACCCGAGUUGAACGCCGAGAGCAAACACAACCUGAAAUUGCUAUACUUGACGGUACCAUACACCAUGUGGACCAUCGUGGCUCUGAUCAUCUUCAUAGGAUUCUUCCUAGUGGGCUACAGCAUCCAUCUGUUUCUGUCCAACUGGAUUUACUCUAGAUCAAUAAUAUUCCAAUCAGAACCUGAGGGUAGCAAAGCAAAUGUGAUGCCUGCUGCUGUACCUCUGCUGUCAUUACGAUAAAAAUCUUUGACAACAACUGUUGAAUUUGCGAAUGAAAUGAAUACUUUUUUCAAGUCGGUCGUGGCAGUCGCGAAGCGAGACUCGACCAUUAUCCCUUUUUUUAAUGAAAUACUCCUUUAAGGAGGCCAUUCCAAUAAGAAGUUCGUCUUAAGGAGGCCAUUCCAUUAAGAAGUUCGUCUGUCAAUGUUCUCAAUGGUGUCGAUUCUAGCAUGAUUCUCUAAACCUAAACUUAAAUUUGACAGCAGUAUAUCCUUGUCAUUCUCUAUACAGA